AUGACUGAUGCUUCCUUCAAAGCUGCCAAGCAAGAAGCCAGCAGUGGAGAACCGUUCAGAAGGGGGCGGCUGCAGUACUUCUUCCCAUGCCCCAUGACAGCCAUUUACGAAUGCCGCAAGGCUGCUGUGCGUGAGCUGGGCGGCACGCUCACUGAAGGGCCUGUGCGCAAGAAGUCCCUGAAGAGCUGCCACUUGAAGGACAUGGGGGGGGCACUGAUGAGCCCCAACGUCAUUGUUUUCGAGCUAUUGACCAAUGCCAACAUUCCGACGUUGGUGCUUCUGGUGAGCCAGAGUCUUGCGGUUCCGAACUAUCACCUCCCAUUGUCUGAGUGCCCGUUUUUUCCCGGCCCUGAUUUUGAAGACGUCUUCAAACUACAGGCCAAGGAAUGCACAAUCUACCCCCGCCUUUGCGGUGACUGGGUGGCAGGGUCUACGGAGCCGAUGGCCUCGCACAAAGCUUUCAACUUCCGUUACUAUGUGGCCAACAAUGACAUUGCCAACGAAAAUGCCCUGAUGGAGGCAGACCCUGUUCCGUUGAUGAGCUUGCUCCAUCGCAACGACCCCUUGACAGAGAGCCCCUUCAAGACAUACACCAACACGGGACCGUCUAUCCCCUUGGCUUCAUCUCAGCAAGUGGCCAUGCACCUUGGCUUCUUUGCAUACAAGUUGGCAAAGCUGAAGCUGGUGGAGCUUAGCUACACAGACUUGAUCGCUGGUGCGGCCCCCUUUAUGCAUCCUAUGGGCGCCUUCUGGGUGAUCCGGAUGGAUGUCCUUGCAACCAUACUGCAUGAAGGCCGGAUGCAGAUUCAAUAUGCUCUGUGUGAGAUGUCCUUGACAUGGACCGGCGACGCAAAGAGCACAGAAGACUUGGUCAAGGAGGCCCAGAAGCUGAACUUGCGGAAACGCGGUUUGGACCUGCAAGCCGAAAUUGCUGAGUUGAAGGAUAUUGUUGAAACGAAGACAACCGAGCUAGCAGAGGUGAAUUCCCAGUUAAACAAGCCUAAAGAAUAG